AUGGGAGACCGCAGAUUAAAAAUUAGAGAGAUAGCCGAGAUUAUAGGCAUCUCUUAUAAAGGAACUCAAAACAUCAUUGUCAACGAGUUGGGUUUCCACAAGGUGUCUGCGAGGUGGGUUCCGCGACUGCUUUCAGUUGAACAAAAAAGGACGCGAUUGACUAUUUCACGCGACUGUUUGGAGUUAUUUAAAGCCGAUGCAGAUGAUUUUUUGAAUCGUUUUGUUACUAUGGACAAAACAUGGGUUCAUUACUGUACACCGGAAACAAAACAACAAUCAAAACAGUGGAGAAGACCUGGUUCACCACCCCCUAAAAAAGGCUAA